AUGACGACCGCCAUCGGGGGAUCCAGCUCGCUGCUUCAAAAAAUCUUCGUCAUCAACAGGACGCGGAUACUAUUGGGACUGUCGCUGGUAUUCGUGGCGCGAACAGCGAGACUAACGGAGUUGUUCACUCUCAGCUGGGUCAUCGCGCAUAUCAUACCUCACUACAAAGACACCGUUAAGCAUCUGGCGGCCGAGAAGUAUCACGAUGCACUCGAGCAUCUGCCAGCGGUUAAGGUCGACUGGAACCCGGAUUACGAUCCGAAGAAACAAUUCAAUGCCUCCAAGGUGGCACUGUUUAUCGAAGGCCGCCCACUCCCUCACCUCGUCCCCCAGCUCCUCCAUAUGAUGGCCGUCGUUCCUCCAGAUUGGAGAUUCAUGUUCCUCGGAACGAACAAGAGUGCUGUCAGCGUGUCUCGCAGUUUUGCGACUCAAUACCACGAAGCGAAUGGGAAACUGGAUAUCGUGAUAGCCCCCAAGCCGUGGAAGUUGGACAGCAAGGAGGCUGUCUUCCGCCUCAUGACGGACAAGCGAUUCUACGACGAAUUUCUGCCGGACGUGGAAUGGCUCCUCAAGUUCGAGGCGGAUAGCAUUUUAUGUGCGAAUUCGGACGAUUCGCUGAAUAACUGGUUAGACUACGAUUGGGCUGGCGCCCCAAGGAAUGCCGAGGACAGAUUCUCAGGGAAUGGCGGAUUAUCACUUCGCAGGCUUUCUGCAGUGAAAAGGGUAUUGGGUUUCCAGUCACGAUACAACGACACGGAGCCCGAAGACGAAUGGUUCGGCAAGCGCAUGGUGCUUCUCCCCGGAGCAAAGGUCUCCAGUACUGAGGAGGAGAAGCAAUUCGCUGUCGAGGAUGUCUGGCACGAGAAGCCAAUGGGGUUCCAUGUCCGAGGAGGCGGCGAGCAGCUCGCCGACGAUGUAUGGAAGAACCCUACUCGCCGGAAGAAGAACUUCGAGUACUGCCCCGAGCUGGCUAUUAUCAUGCCGAUGAAGCUUGAGAGAGAACGGUGUGAGGGGGAUAAUAAGGAGGGUAAAAUCAUCAAGGGUCCAGAAUAA